CAGACCGCCCUCGGCCCGCAGGGUACCUACCCGCAGCGUGGUUUUCCUCCUGCCUUUGCCCAAAUCUACGGAACGAGGCGCCGAUCCCCGUCCUGGCCAGCAGGCGGCGAGCCGUGGGCCUGGUGGCCAGAGUCGAGCAGGCUUCUCCUGGGCACCCAUCCCCGCCCCCUGCUGCGACCCAAACCCCGUGCAACCUGGAGCCUGGGCUCUGCCCUCGCUGAGCCACCACCCGCCUGAAAGUGUUCCGCCGAUGGGAAGCCCAUUUUAUUGAAGAGCCUGCUGAGGCUCAAGGGAGCCGCGCAGAUUUGGAACUUACCUCAGCCCCUUAGAGCCCUACCCUUUCCCAGUGCCUUGCGGCCCGUUACCUGCCCAGCCGCACUCGCUCACUGCCUCUGUCUCCCCCAUCAGCGCACCCCCGGACGCUAUGGCCCACCCCUCCGGCUGGCCCCGCGUGUAGAAUGGUAGCACACAACCAGGUGGCAGCCGACAAUGCAAUCUCCACGGCAGCAGAGCCCCGACGGUGGCCAGAGCCUUCCUCCUCCUCCUCCGCGCCCGCGGCCCCGGCGCGCCCGGCCCCGGCCCCGGCUCCGGCUCCGCUCCCGGUCCCGGCCGACACGCACUUCCGUACGUUCCGCUCGCACGCCGAGUACCGGCUCAUCACGCGCGCCAGCGCGCUCCUCGACGCCUGCGGCUUUUACUGGGGACCCCUGAGCGUGCACGGGGCGCACGAGCGGCUGCGCGGCGAACCCGUGGGCACCUUUCUGGUGCGCGACAGCCGCCAACGGAACUGCUUCUUCGCCCUCAGCGUGAAGAUGGCCUCGGGCCCCACGAGCAUCCGAGUACACUUCCAGGCCGGCCGCUUCCACCUGGACGGCAGCCGCGAGAGCUUCGACUGCCUCUUCGAGCUGCUGGAGCACUACGUGGCGGCGCCGCGCCGCAUGCUGGGGGCCCCGCUGCGCCAGCGCCGUGUGCGGCCGCUGCAGGAGCUGUGCCGUCAGCGCAUCGUGGCCACCGUGGGCCGCGAGAACCUGGCGCGCAUCCCCCUCAACCCCGUUCUCCGCGACUACCUGAGCUCCUUCCCCUUCCAGAUCUGACCGGCCGCGCCCGCGAAGCAAGCAGCAUUAACUGGGGCGCCUUAUUAUUUUUCUAUUAUUAAUUAUUAUUAUUUGCCUGGAACCACAUGGGUGCCCUCCCCACUGGGCUGGAGGGAGCGGGUGUUGGAGGCGAGGCGCCACCCGCUCUCUGCUGGAGCCGAGGGUACAGCCCCCUCCCCACCUAUUGGGGGGCGUGCCCCCUCCUGGUGCUCCCUCUGGGUCCCCCUGGUUGUUGUAGCAGCUUAACUGUAUGUGGGGCCAGGACCUGAACUCGCUCCUCCUACCUCUUCAUGUUUACAUAUCUUUGCACAAACCAGGGGGUGGGGAGGGUCUCUGGCUUGAUUUUUCUGCUGUGCAGAAUCCUAUUUUAUAUUUUUUACAACCAGUUUAGGUAAUAAACUUUAUUAUGAAAGUUUUUUUUUUUUUAAGGAAAAAAGGUUUCUAGAGCAUGUGCUUUGGUCUCAGGUGUUCCUUGUUCUGGCAGGACUUGUGGGAGAGGGGUCCUAAGACUGACCUGCUGGGCUCGAGGUGGAGGUAGCUUGUGUUCUGUGGCUCUGAGCCUUGCUGGGUUCUGCCCACAACCCUGGGGGACAGGACGCUGGUCUCCUUUUGGUGCCUUGGUGGUGUGUGUCCGGUGAAGGAGUGGCUCAUGUUGGAGCACUUAUCAUGCCAGGCCCUGUUCUGUGCUUUACAUGCUUAAGUUUACUUAACCCCAUGAGGCACUUUACAGAAGAGAACACCAAAGCACAGGUAAAUUUGCCUGUAGUCACCCCUGUGUCAAAGAAGGCACUUGGGCUCUUUUGGCUGUCCACCAAGAAUCUGUUUGAAAUGGAUGACAGAAAGGAAACGACUUUCCUUCUACAGCCCCAACAACUUCCAGGAAGAGGGUGGGGGCUUGAUGAGUUUUUUGAAGGAGUGGCACAUUCUGAAACUCCAGCAUCAAAGGAGACAUAUUUCAGAUGGGAUGGGGAUGCAGGGUUGGGUCUGACUUCCUUCUUCCCACCCUGUUCUGUCUUGUGUACUUUUUGGUGAACACAAAACUUGGAGUGAGAAAGAGGCUCUGUGGUCUGUGGUGGCAGGAGAGCGCUGCUGGCGGCUUUGGGCAAUUCCCUUUGCCUCUCUGGGCCUCAGCUUCUACCUCAAAAACGGGCUGGCUGGAGGAGGUGGUGCAUGGUAGAGGAGGUGAUGUUCUCAGGAGCAGGGGAAGGCCGCUCCAAGAUGCUGGAGGAGCUGGCUUAGAGCACCAGGAAGUGCCUGGGACACAGGCUGUACAGCGGCCAGCCUGACAGAUGGCCAU